AUGCCAUUAUACGAGUUAUUCUGCAUAGCAGUACACAACCCCACUUCCUCGGUCAACUUGCGAUCGGUCAUCAACUCUUUAUCUAAUCAGAUACAUUCAACCGGAGGAGUAGUAAGGGAUAUGAAAAAACUGGGUAUUAAUCUGACUUUACCUCAGAGGAUGAGGCGGAUGAGGCAGUAUCAUGAAAGGGGAGACCACUUUACAAUGACAUUUGAUACUUCCCCUAUCGUACUUAAGAGAUUGGACGAAACUCUUCGAAGGGAUCCUUCGAUCAUCCGAUGGACGUUAUUGAAGAAAGCCACCAAAGUGAAAGAUCUCAAUAAACCUUUAAAUUCAUCUAUCGAAUCGCAUGGUAUCGAACCGAGACAAGUGGAGAUGUAA